AUCUGACAUCUCAAACACGGGCUGUCUAGCCGUUUCCAACCAGCUGGCCCGUGCAGGAGUAAAUUACGUGACGAUCGACAGAUUGACUAGGUCACGUGCACUCGCGUUGAGAAUUGGCGGAAGGUUCGACCCAACGCCACAGCUAGCCAUUGUCGCGUCCAAUACAGCUGUACCUGGUAUCCAUCAAGGUGCACUUCCUUAUGCCAGGCGCACACUUAAUUUCUUCCUGGCGUGGCACCUUUCAUUCCCUCCCAAAAUCGAGCCAUAAAACCAACAACUUAGAGUAGUUCUACCAAUAUUGGAACACACAUUCCAGUCACGUGAACCACCUGAGAAGCGCUCACUCGACCUUUCACACCUUUCUCAGUCUAACUUUCAUCUUUUAUCUCAAGUCUCGUCAUCCAUACCAGUUGCGCGCCAUGCCUCCCAAAAAGCGGCAGAUUGAGUACGAGAGCGAGAAAGAGAGGCCCCAGGUCAAGAAGUCCAAGGGCGCAAACAGCAAAGCCGCCGCCAAAGGGCAGCCGCUAGGAAAAGGUUCCGACGCCGAAGGCAAUACCUACUGGGAGAUUGCCAAGAACCGGCGCAUUGGCUCGUCGACUUUCAAGGGCAACACGUUGAUUAACAUUCGCGAGUACUACACCGACGCUAACGGCGAGGCGAAGCCUGGCAAGAAGGGCAUUUCUCUUUCUCUGGAGCAGUACAACAACCUCCUCAGCAUCAUCCCGGAGCUCAACGCUAGCCUUCUCUCAAAUGGCCUUGCCAUUGUCAGUCAGGAGACAACCUCUGCAGCUCCGGCGGCGGCGGCCCCAGCCAAAAAGCCAACAGCCAAGAGCGCCAAGAAGAAAAAGGCUAACAUCGAGGAGACGAGCGACGAAGAAGUCGACGAGGAGGAGGACUAGUCAGAAGCAGCUGUGAUUGCUGGGUUCCAUGGACUUGGAAUGGAAAAUUGAGAGCUUCGCAUUUCCGGAUUGAGGCAUUCUUGAGCUGUUUCAUUUUGCUUGUUCUUUUACUCCUCGGCAGGAUGGUGGUUAGGGUCUACGGGUCACGAGGUAACGAACGAUUGUACAAUAAUGGUUGGCGCUUUCACUUGCACAUAUUGCCUAGAAUUGGGGCCAUAAAUGUAGUCUUCAUAAGCAACUUGUGAGGGGUGUAUUCACUUCAGGAGGUGUCCAUAUGAGACCGUUCAACAUGAUAGCAGCAAUAUGUUAUAAUUGUCGGACUACCAGGACGGUCCACUCGCUCCACUCGGCUGCGUCGGAGCUAUCGGCCCUCAAGUGCGUGGUCCAGUGAAUCGCCGUGAACUAGUCGCAGGAUUCCCAGAGAGGCAGGAGGAAGAGCGAG